AUGAUACAUACAUCUUUUGCUGCUUAAAACUAUUCAUUUAUAAAAUAGUGCUAUAAAUUAUUUUUUCUUCAAUUUCGAAAAUAUCACAAAAAUUUGGAAAAUUAAAUUGGUUUUAUUUCAAACUUUCUAACAAAAGUAUAUGAAAUCAAGUAAAAUGAAUGUGAUGUCGAGAGAUAUGUGUAUCAUAUUUGUAUUGCUACUUGGAAUUCUGAGCAUAAAUUCGUUGCCUUCAUCAUCCAAAGCGUUGAAUAUAGCUGUUAUUGGAGCUGGAGCAGCAGGCCUUGCGAGUGCAAAAAACGCUCUCGAACAAGGACAUAAUGUAGUGAUCUACGAAAAGACCGAGGCACUGGGUGGAGUAUGGUUUUACACAGAUAAAACCGGACAAGAUGAGUACGGUGUUGAUAUUCACACUCCAAUGUAUCAAGGGCUAAGAACAAAUGGACCAUAUCAAAUAAUGGAAUAUCCGGGACAUAACUAUCCAAAUAAUACACAAUCACAUCCACCACAUGAGGACGUAUUGAAAUACCUGAACUCUUACGCUGAACGUUUCGAUUUGAAGAAACACAUAAAAUUCCAUCAUUUCGUCGAGAAAAUUAAGCCGAUUCAAAAUGACCAAUGGAUCGUAGUUGUCAAAGAUUUGCCUAACAACAGGACCCUAUCGGAGAUUUAUGAUGCAGUUUUCGUUUGUGUUAAUAUGUAUUCAUCGCCAAAUUAUCCGCAAAUUGAUGGCGCCAAUGUAUUUAAAGGAAAAAUUAUACACAGCCAUGAUUACCGUAGAGCUGAACAUUUUCGAGGUGCAGAUGUUUUAUUCGUAGGAAAUGGUAAAAGCGCAAAAGACAUUGUACUCCAACUUUCAAAGAGUGCCAAUCGAGUAACUUGGAGUAGACGUAAUCCCAAAGAACCUACAGAAGAAGAACGAAAGGUAUAUGGAGAAACUGUAACAUUUAAAAACGAUGUGAAACUUUUAACAUCAAAUGGAACUGAGUUUAUGGAUAACACACAUCAAGAUUUUACAGCGAUUAUAUAUGCAACAGGUUACAGAUUUUCGUUUCCGAUGUUGGAAGAUGAUGCAGGCAUUCACAUUGAUGACAAUUUCGUUCAACCACUCUACAAACAAACUCUAAACAUAAAUCAUCCGACAAUGGCAUUCAUUGGUUUAGAUGGGAUAAACCAUAUAUUCGAUUUGCAGGCACGUUUCGCUUUGAAAUUCAUAUCUGGAGCCAAAAGACUACCAUCAAAGUCAGAGAUGUUGGAAGAUAUACAAGAUUUUGUUGAAUAUCGACAGAAAAAAGGAAUUCCAAAACAAUAACCAGACAAAAUAUGUUGGAACCCCGUUUACUUGCACGAGUAUGAGUUAAAUGUCGUUGUAACUAACAUAUGUCCAUAAAGUCUUGACAGUAAAUUCAGGCGUUUAUUGCGCCACAUAAACAAAAUCAAAAAUAUCAACCAAUGCACACGGCACGUUUAUCAGUACCUCGGGACUACUAUCAAACUCAAUUCGAUGAAAUACAUCCAUUCGCGGAGACGUACAAAUUGGAUUUACGAAAAAGUGUCUCAAAUGGUUGUGGCGGCUAAGUUCAAAACAAAUUUCGCAUGUGUCUAAAGAUGAACCCAUCUGCCUACGAACCAUAUAUUGUGUUUCAUGGACUUAGUAUGAAGACAAAGAUUCUAGAGAAAGCAAAAAGUACGGUCGUAUUCCCUAUUUAAAUGCUCCAACCCUCCAAAAUUGUCAUCAAGUACCGAAAACCGGGUUGGUCAAGCAAAAAUUCGUUUUUGCUGAUUUUUAUG